UUCAUUGAUAAACCCGUCAGUCAUCAUUUGUUAGCUCAUAUUUCACAUCAAGCAUCAUUAGUGAUACCUUGCCAUCAUUUAGACUAUAAAAGUGUGAUUCCACCUUUACCUACAUUUGUGAGUCUGUUGGUCAAAAGGUCGUAUGCUCGUACAGGCACAUUAUUGGCCACACUCGUGCUGUUAGACAGGUUAAGACAGAGACUGGCUCAAUUUGCGAGGGGAAUGCCAUGCACUUGUCAACGCAUCUUCUUGGCUACAUUGAUUGUCACCACUAAAGUAUUGCAUGACACUUGCCCCAAGAAUAAGCAUUGGACAAAAUAUGCUGUGUAUUUCAGUUUACCAGAGAUCAAUUUGAUGGAGAAACAACUGUUGUCUUUGAUG